CUCGCUCGUUAUAAUCCUAUUAAUUGGGGCAAUUUGCGCAUUUUAAUGGCACCUUAAAGGCGGAGUGACUGGAGCAGCUUCUGAUCAGUGUUUCUCUGCUGAUCUGUGACAGCGGAAUAAACAACAUCUGUCAGGCUUCACUCUCUCUGUAUGUUCAUGUCAGCGGUUCUGGAAGUUUUGGUGUUACCGGAGCUGCUGCGGGGACUUUGCCCGCCGCUCGGUGCCGCUGAGCGGGCUGCUGCCUGCCGCCUUCCACCCCUCCUGCCUGCCCCGGUCGGGUAAAAGGCGCAUGUGUGUUAUUGCUGUGAUGUGAGUUGAGCCGCAUCCAGACGCACUGGCCGCCGCUGGCUGAUGCCCCCCUCCCUCCUCUCUCCUCUCUGCCUCCUCAUCUUGGUGGUGUUGUGCGCAAAAUCUCCAGCGCCGGACGGACGGACGCAGUUUGACGGUACAAUCGAGCGGCACUGCGGGGGGAGAUCCGAGAGAAAAAGCCACCCAAAGCAGACAUGGAUAUUUAGCCGGCAUUUAUUCUUAGUAUUUUUGUAACCCAAAAAAAAAAAAAAAACACAACAACAAAAAAAAGAACAAACAUCUCUUUGUGUUUUUUUUUCUCCACCUUGUGAUGUUGCUUUUGCCCCGGGGGUGUUAUAAUUAAACCUGCUCGAUGUCUCUCAUCAGUUUAUAACCGAAACAAAAUGAGGAUUUCUUCCCGCGAUUGGAUUCUGUUGAUGUUCUCUGGCUUUUGGGGACUGACGAUGGGAGCUUUCCCGAGCAGCGUUCAGAUCGGCGGUCUGUUCAUCAGAAACACUGAUCAGGAGUACACUGCCUUUCGUUUGGCGAUCUUCCUGCACAACACCAGCCCGAAUGCCUCAGAAGCUCCGUUCAACCUGGUGCCUCAUGUGGACAACAUUGAGACGGCCAACAGCUUCGCUGUCACCAACGCCUUUUGCUCCCAGUACUCCCGCGGUGUCUUCGCCAUUUUCGGCCUGUAUGACAAGCGCUCGGUCCACACGUUGACGUCCUUCUGCAGUGCCCUGCACAUCUCCCUCAUCACGCCCAGCUUCCCCACUGAGGGCGAGAGCCAGUUCACCCUGCAGCUCCGGCCUUCCAUCCGGGGGGCGCUGCUGUCCCUGCUCGACCACUACGACUGGAACAAGUUUGUCUUUCUGUACGACACAGACCGAGGAUACGCUAUCCUGCAGGCCAUCAUGGAGAAGGCCGGACAGAACAACUGGCAGGUCAGCGCCAUCUGCGUAGAAAACUUCAACGACGCCAGCUACCGGCGACUGCUGGAGGACCUGGACCGGCGACAGGAGAAGAAGUUUGUCAUCGACCUGGAGGCCGAGCGGCUGCAGAACAUGUUGGAACAGAUUGUCAGCGUCGGGAAACAUGUCAAAGGCUACCAUUACAUCAUGGCCAACCUGGGUUUUAAGGACAUCAACCUGGAGCGCUUCAUGCAUGGCGGAGCCAACGUGACGGGCUUCCAGCUGGUCGACUUCAGCAACCCCAUGGUCAUCAAGCUGAUGCAGCGCUGGAACAAGCUGGAUCAGAGAGAAUACCCCGGAUCAGACGCCCCGCCCAAGUACACCUCGGCACUGACUUACGACGGGGUGAUGGUGAUGGCCGAGGCCUUCAGGAACCUGCGCAGGCAGAAGGUGGACAUUUCCAGACGAGGGAAUGCCGGUGACUGCCUCGCAAACCCGGCCGCCCCAUGGAACCAGGGCAUUGACAUGGAGAGAACCCUCAAACAGGUCCGGCUGCAGGGAUUAACAGGUAAUGUCCAGUUUGACCACUAUGGCCGCAGGGUCAACUACACUAUGGACGUGUUUGAGCUGAAGAAUAAUGGACCCAGACGGAUCGGCUACUGGAACGAUGCUGACAAACUGGUGCUGAUCCAGGACUCUCCACUGCUUCCAAAUGACACUUCUGGCAUGGAGAACCGCACUGUUGUAGUUACUACCAUCAUGGAGGGUCCCUACGUGAUGCUUAAGAAGAACUCGGAGAUGUACGAAGGCAACGACAAGUACGAGGGAUACUGCGUGGACCUGGCCUCGGAGAUCGCCAAACACAUCGGCAUCAAGUACAAGAUUUCCAUCGUCCCUGACGGAAAGUACGGCGCCCGGGACCCGGAGACGAAGAUCUGGAAUGGGAUGGUCGGGGAGCUGGUGUACGGGAAAGCGGAAAUCGCUGUGGCCCCUUUGACUAUCACGUUGGUCCGGGAGGAGGUGAUUGAUUUCUCCAAGCCCUUCAUGUCAUUGGGCAUUUCCAUCAUGAUCAAGAAGCCCCAAAAAUCAAAGCCGGGCGUGUUCUCCUUCCUGGACCCGUUGGCCUACGAGAUCUGGAUGUGCAUCGUGUUUGCCUAUAUCGGCGUGAGCGUGGUGCUCUUCCUGGUCAGCCGCUUCAGCCCGUACGAAUGGCACACCGAGGAGCCCGAAGAGGGCUCCGACGGUCCGCCAAGCGACCAGCCCCCCAAUGAGUUUGGCAUCUUCAACUCCCUCUGGUUCUCCCUGGGUGCCUUCAUGCAGCAGGGAUGCGAUAUCUCCCCCAGAUCUUUAUCGGGGCGAAUCGUCGGAGGAGUGUGGUGGUUCUUCACCCUCAUCAUCAUUUCCUCCUACACGGCCAACCUGGCUGCCUUCCUUACUGUGGAGAGGAUGGUUUCCCCCAUAGAGAGCGCCGAGGAUCUGGCCAAGCAGACUGACAUCGCUUACGGUACCUUGGACUCUGGAUCCACCAAAGAGUUCUUCAGGCGGUCCAAGAUUGCCGUCUACGAGAAGAUGUGGGGCUACAUGAAGUCUGCCGAGCCCACCGUCUUCACCAAGACCACGGCCGAAGGGGUGGCAAGAGUCCGCAAAUCCAAAGGGAAAUACGCCUUCCUGCUGGAGUCCACCAUGAAUGAGUACACUGAGCAGCGAAAGCCCUGCGACACAAUGAAAGUCGGAGGCAACUUGGACUCCAAAGGCUAUGGAGUAGCCACACCCAAGGGUUCACAGUUAAGAACGCCCGUAAACCUUGCCGUAUUGAAACUGAGUGAAGCAGGAGUCUUAGACAAACUGAAAAACAAAUGGUGGUACGAUAAAGGGGAGUGUGGACCCAAGGACUCGGGAAGUAAGGACAAGUCAUCUCAGGCCCUCAGCCUGAGCAACGUGGCGGGGGUCUUCUACAUCCUGGUCGGGGGCCUGGGCCUGGCCAUGCUGGUGGCCCUCAUCGAAUUCUGCUACAAGUCACGCAACGAGGCCAAGAGAAUGAAGCUAACAUUUACAGAAGCCAUGAGGAACAAGGCCCGUCUGUCCAUCACAGGCAGCGUUGGGGAGAACGGACGGGUGUUGACGCCCGACUGUCCCAAGGCCGUCCACACCGGGCCGCCCAUCCGCCAGAGCUCUGGCCUUGCCCUUGUCUCCUCGGAGCUGCCGUGAAAACCAAAAACUUCUCAAGUGCCUUAUUCCAAUAACAACAACAACAGCAAACACGACAAACCAAUAAUCACAACAACCGCAAAGCAGAAACAGGAUCCACACAGCCAACAGGUCUCUGAACCAACGGAGGAGCCAGCAACAAACCCGAUCGGACUCAUGGUGCCUCGGUGACUUUCUUUCCGAGAUCUGUGGGAACCAGAGGCAGAAUAAUCUAGUUUUUUUGUUGUUUUUUUCUUUAACUGUGUGGCCAAACGGAGGUUCAUGAGAAUCCACUGGAGCAGUUCAACUUUUACAACUCCAGUGACAGAAAGAGGAGCAAACUGGGAAGAAGAAAAUUAAUAAUAUCAUGAUAUAUGAUAAAGACCACGACCAGAAAACUGUAAACUUGAAACUCAAAACUGUGCUUUUCUGUUUUGUUUUUUUUUUUUUUUUUUAUUGCUGUGAAUUGGCAAAAACUGAACCACAAUCAAGAUUGUUUUCAAACUGAACAGUAUUUGCUACACAGACGUGAGUGGCGUUCAAGAGACAACAAUCUCACUAGAUAUCAACAGGCGACGCUGGGAGGGUCGCAGCCCGGCGCCGCGGAGAUAUGAUGGAAAAUAUUUGUAUUCAUAAAAAGAAAAAUUAAAUCUAUUGAUACUGAAUAUAUGAGCAAACAUAGAAAACUGUGAAAAUACGUAAAUAUGUAUAUUCCGUGAAAACAAACUGAGAUCUUGAGCUGUACAUAGGGACGACUGUGCUUGCUUUUUAAACAGAUGUACAUAGCAGAUAUUGUAGUGAACAGACAGUUCUUUUUUGUAAAUCAUCUUUAAAGAUUUUAUUCAUCGCAAUAACAAAAAAGAUGCCACUUGAAGGAGGAGACGUGCGAAAGGCAGUGUUAAAAAAAAAAUUGUGUUAAAUACCUAACUGUACUAUAUAGGAACAUUCAAACUCUAAAUGUGAAGGGGUAUCAACUGCCCAAAUAUUCUGAUACCUGUUGCAUACAAAAUUAAUAAAUAUAUUCAACAAUGAAUGUUAACUAGCUCCACCCCCAAUCCUUAAACCACAACCCUCACUGUGCAGAUGUAGACCCAGAGAGUCGCUCAUGAGUAGAGCUUUAUAAAACAAGUUUCUGCAGUCAGAAUAUAACUAUUUUUUUCAUUCUUUGAUCUAUUUUUUGUACGGAGAAAUUACAAAAGAAGUUGUCUGUCUCCUGGUUUUAAAUGUUGACAGUUGAGUACUAUCUGGGUAGAUCUUUUAGACCAUUGUGUGCGUGGAGACAUGAGUUGAAGCGAUGCGGAAUUUGAACAAUACCAUUUUCUCUCACUGUAUGUUAUUUAAAGUGUCUAUGCUAUUUCCAGUAAGACGUCGAAACCCGAUCUGAAGAAGCCACUGUUUGUACGUUGAACAAUGAUUAGAGCCCUUCCUUCUUGAAUCACUGUGGAUCAUCCGGGGAGGUUGGACACCAUGUAGCAGAAAUGUAUUCGCUCCAGACUGACUGAAGUGUCCUCAUCCCUCAAGGACAAUCUGCAAUCGAGACGCCACACGUUCAGCGACACCAGCCCCGACGACGGAUUUUCUUUUCCCCCAGAAUUCAUCGGGUUCAUUCCCUUACACGUACUGUAGCUGGACGACGGAGGGAAGUUUGCAGAGGAGAAACUAGCUCUAAUUGUCCAGGUCACGCCUUCUCGUCUUGCCAUCCGUCUUUAGAGCUGAAGUGUAACAUGGCGUCUUAUUUUGGUUUCAAUUGUACAUUUUUAUUUUGAUCUUUUCUAAGUAAACACAAAUCUAAAAUUGC